GAUUUUAGUAGAUUGAUAUUAGAACUGAUACACUCGGAAAACAAGGUACUCUUGUGGUUGACAUGUGCAAUUACUGGGUGUUGAUUUUAUGGCACCAGCUUUUCACAUAGAGUUUAGUGGACAGAGAGAGUCAAGAAGGCAUUCUCCCUCACAAUCAAUGGGAAAGUCACGAAAGUUCUCAUCAAAAGGACCUUCAAGUGGUUUUGUACCAGAUUAUCGGCAUGCUGUGGAGACUAUUGAAUCCGAGGGCUUUGGGAGCUCGGGACGGGUUGACACUGAAAUGACGGCUUCUGAUGAUUCAUCUGCCCCAAAAAAGAAAUGCAUUAGCUUGAACGUACAUGGAAGCGAGAAUUUCGGGGUCCCAAUACAGUUGUUGUCUUUGGCUAAGAUGUCAAGGCUUGAAAGGAGAGGCCUUAAGCUGAGGUUGGAAAAGGAACUUGAGCAAGUUGAGAAUCUUCAGAGGAAGCUUGCAGCCAUGAGUUCUGAUGUGAUUGCGUUGUCUCCAUCUCGUGAUGUACAGAGUUGGAGUGAGGGGCAGAGAAAGCCUCCGGUGGAUGGCUUCCCAAGGUCUUCAGAAUUGUCCGCUCGGAAUGGAAAGAAGCGGUUCCCUUCAGCUCGCAAUGGAUCCCAAAGUAAGAAAGGUGCCUUCGGGCGCUCUGAAUCAAUAAAAGCUGCUACUUCUGCAAAUCCAUCAAAUGCUAUGUUAUUAAAGCAAUGUGAAACAUUGUUGAAUCGUUUGAUGUCCCACCAAUAUGGCUGGGUCUUUAAUUCUCCUGUGGAUAUUGUGAAGUUGAACAUUCCAGAUUACUUCAGUGUGAUUAAGCACCCUAUGGAUUUAGGGACUGUGAAAACAAAGUUGCUUUCUGGAGAAUAUGCCAGCCCUCUUGGGUUUGUGGCUGACGUACGACUGACUUUCUCGAAUGCAAUGACUUACAACCCACGCGAGAACAAUGUGCAUAUUAUGGCUGCGGCUCUCAGCAAGUAUUUUGAGAAGGGAUGGAAAGCUGUAGAGAAAAAGCUUCCAGCUGUUAAUGACAUGCGGGCAGUGCCUGAAUAUGCUGCUCAUAGUGAAACUGGGAUUGGCACUGAAAUGCCACCUUUGAAAAAGAAUAAAGUUAUGCCAGUUGACCCUCGGACUAAGCUUGAGCCAGAGAAACGGAUCAUGAGUGAUGAGGAGAAGCAUAAACUAAGCCUUGAACUAGAGGCUCUCUUGGGAGAACUGCCUGAGAGCAUUGUUGAUUUUCUUAAAGAGCAAAGCUCUGGAGCAGAGCAGACAAACGAGGAUGAAAUUGAGAUAGAUAUUGAUGCACUUGGUCAUGAAACGUUGUUCAAACUACGAAAGCUUGUAGAUGACUAUUUGCUGGAUAAACAGAAGAAAAAGGAAAAAGCUGAACCUUGUGAAAUGGAGGUUCAUAAUAUGUCAGGUGUCAGCACUUCAUCAGUGCCACCUUGCAAAGGAAAUGACGCAAUUGAUGAAGAUGUAGAUAUAGUUGGUGGGAAUGACGCUCCUGUUUCAUGCUUCCCUCCAGUAGAGAUAGAGAAAGAUGCAGUGCACAGAAGCAGUAAAUGCAGUAGUUCCAGUAGCUCCGGUACUGAAUCGGGGUCCUCAUCUAGUGAUGCAGACUCAGCUAGUUCAUCUGCUAGUGAAUCAGAUGCUGCUAAGGUUUCUGGACCUGUCAAGGUGGCGAAGGAAGGCUUGGCUAAUGGAGUAAGUGAUGAUCAAAGGAGUACUUUUCAUGACUUUGAUACUGCAUCUAUUGAUGGGAUGGGUCAAGUUGUGCAAACUUCUCAGCCCAAUCCGCUUCCCUUAGAAGCUUGUGUUCAGGGAGAGGAGGAGAAUGCUCCACCUGAGAGGCAAGUCUCCCCUGAGAAGCUUUAUCGUGCAGCUCUUUUGAGGAGCCGAUUUGCUGAGACUAUAUUUAAAGCUCGAGAAAAGGCUCUUGAGAAGGUGGAGAAGCGAGAUCCUGAGAAGUUACGAAUAGAGAAAGAGGAACUUGAGAGGCGGGCAAAAGAAGAAAAGGCUAAAAUACAAGCCGAGGCAAAGGCCGCAGAAGAGGCUAGAAGAAAAGCUGAAGCUGAAGUUGCAGCUGAAGCCAAGAGGCAGAGGGAGCUGGAGAGGGAACUUGCUCGUCAAGCAUUGCAAAAGAUGGAAAAGACAGUUGAUAUCAAUGAGAACAGUCAGUUUAUGGAGGACCUGGAGAUGCUUCGGGUAGCUCAAGGUGAAGAUUUACCGAACUUCUUGGAGGAGACAAAGAGCCCAGACCGUUCAGAAAACCAUCUGGGUAGUUUCAAACUCCAGAAUAGUAGCAAUCCUUUAGAACAGCUUGGCUUGUACAUGAAGGUUGAUGAUGAAGAUGAGGAUGAGGAGAGUGAACCGCCUGAAAGUCUUCCAGUUCCACCACCACCACCACCAAAUGACGUAGAGGAUGGGGAAAUCGAUUGAGAAUAGAAUCUUUUCUUCUUUCCCAAAUUCUGACACUGGGCACGUAAAUCCUUUUAAGAGGACUGGAAAAGGACUUCCUUUCUCUUCAGAGGAAUGAGACAACUCGGGGAAUUCUCCUUUGUUCUUAGGUGACCACCAAAAUUAGGGGCGCACAAUGGACCCGGGGGAACAUUGUCCUCCUCUAACCUUACUCGAAGAGGGUUGGGAACUUCUUCCUUUUGGUUUGAACAUCUGGUGACUGAGGUUGGUUUUACCUUUAUCUGCAGACAGUCCGUGAUACGAUGCGGAUUUGGAAGGGAGAGUGUACAUAGAAAUUCCGAGAUCUUGAUUUGAAUUCAUUGAAGUGGAGCACAUCAGGGGGCAUUCCUAAUGGACAUCUGGGAUGAAACUGCUUAUAGAGAAGGGCAAAACAGAAAGCCUGGAGGAUAGGUUAGAGAGAAGGGUGGCCUUCUUUCCUUGUAAAAAAGUUUUUGGUUUUGGUUGCUCAGUGGGAGUGGAAAGAUCAAAUUGUUUUAUUGCUCCGCCAGAAAAAAAAGUGAAAGAAAAGAACAAAAAGAAUUCAUUCUUUUCCUUUGUUUAUGUUCCCGAUCAUUCCUUGAUUCAAUCUGCCUUUUCAGAUGAA